AUGUGUGAGGGAAAGAAAUCAUCGCUUUCUAGCAUGGAUUCUGACUUAGAGGCGUUCAGCCAUAAUCCAGCGGAUGGUAGCUUCGCGGCAAUGCCUGAUCAGACAGCCGCAAAAACCAAUUAUCCGAAUGAACGGUUCCUCUCGUACUAA